UUAAAUACCAGUUUUAAUUUAAUUAAGUAGUUCAUUUUAUACUGGGCAUCUCGUAGUUAAGCAUAGUUAAGCUAUGAUUUUCCAGUAUAAAAUGACCUACAAGUGGAUCGACAAUGAAAGUCCGGGACUGUACAAAACGUGAGAAAUUAAAGUGUUACAAAAUAUGAAAGACUAUAUAUACCUACAUAAUUAAGUGCUUCUCCAGCUAAUGCAGAUAUAAUGUUUGUCUCAAUAAUCGUAUCUGAGGUGUAAAGAGAACAAGAAGUGCCAAAAUGAAAAAUAUCUACAUUCGACAGUAUAUGGUGGUUUUCGCCAUAAACCUGAACUGCAUCAGCUUCGGCGUGGGCACCAACUGGCCAUCACCCGUGCUCGCGAAGCUAUUAGCCAACGACACAGAAACCUUCGAUAAACCUUUACAGCAAGAUGAUGCAUCUUGGAUUACUUCCAUCUCUUUCCUCACAGGGUCACUAGGGUACGUGGUGACAUCUGCUUUGGUGGACGCAAUAGGCCGAAAACAAUGUGUGAUCCUAUCUAGCGCCGCCAGGUUAGCCGCGGCUCUCCUGUUCCUGUUCGCCAGUGAGGUGUGGAUGCUCAUAUUGGGCAGGGCUAUCAUCGGGCUCUCGGAAGGCAUCUUAUUGAGUGUAAUACCGGUUUACGCCUCGGAAAUCGCCAGCAAAGAAAUACGUGGUGCUCUCGGAGUGAUGCUGCAAAUUUUUGCUUCCAUUGGCUCUGUUAUCAUCCUUAGCGUUGGACCUUUCAUCUCAUACUUCAAUCUGAGUCUCAUGUUCACCCUGAUCUCUCUCGUGACCAGCGUACCUACUGCGUUCCUGCCUGACAGCCCGAACUUCCUAUAUUCUAAAGGUAGAGAAGAAGAAUCCAAAAAAGUUCUCAUCUUCCUAAGAGGUUCCGAGCUCAUCGCUGAUGAGGAACUAAAGGAAUACGCCAUAAAUAAAAAUGAAGAAAAAUCAAGUUUGCUGACAAUUUUCAGAAGUGAAAUGUUUCAGAAAAGUCUUGGAAUAUCUAGCUUCGUUAUUAUCUUCGUCUACUUGAUUGGAUUCAACUGCGUCAUGUUGUAUCUUCAGACAAUUUUGGACACAACGAAAACAAACAUAAAGUCGGAGGUGGCGUCUGGCGUUAUCGGCGCCAUUAACCUUUUAGCAAGUUUUUCGACUCUGAUGACUACAGACAGGUUUGGACGAAAACCUAUUUUAAUAUCGACGUUGCUUGCAAUGCUUGUGGGAAUGGUUGGUUUAGGGGUAUUUUUUAAGUUGACUGAAAUGGGAGCUGAAGUGUCCGGGUUUUUGAACUAUCUCCCACUCAUAUCUAUAAUUGUAGUUGUGUUUAGCUACAGCGGUGGUCUAGGGUCCCUACUCUGGGUUGUUAUAGCGGAGCUUUUCGAUGACCUUACCCGCGGUAUCGGGAUGGCGACCACCCUCCUCAUAGGAAUCGUGCCGGCAUUCCUGACGAUGAGGUACUUCUCGCCUCUGAUGGAUAUUUUGGGGCCGGCGCCGGUUUUCUGGGCAUCUGGAGUUUUUUGUGCCGUGCUAGCGACGUUUGUUGCGUUUAGAUUGCCGGAGACAAAAGGAAAGAGUUUUGCGGAGAUACAGCAGGCGUUGAGAAGAACUUCAAAAUCAUCACCAAACAUUUGA